AUAAUACUCAUCACAACUUAAACUGCUACAAUAUGCUGCAAUGGCAUUGCGUAACCUUUUCGUGCUGGGUUUGUUGCUUCUAGUAUGCCUCUCUAAUCUGAUUCAGGUUUCAUCUGAGCAUGAGAUAGAAAUGGAAGAAGAAGAUGAAGAAGAACUUCAGCUACCUAAUGAGUUGCUUACUGUGCGAGACGGCAACAGAAGGCUAAUGCAAGACAUAGAUUGUGGAGGAUUGUGCAAUUCGAGAUGCAGUGUACAUUCAAGGCCUAACUUGUGUAACAGAGCAUGUGGAACUUGUUGUGUGAGGUGCAAGUGUAUUCCACCUGGUACUUCUGGUAACAGGGAGCUUUGUGGAGCUUGUUACACUGAUAUGACAACCCAUGACCUGCACAAGAAAAACAAAAGCAGCAACAACCAACAAUCCGCAACAACUUUCCUCCACACCAACCAUAACCUGCAAAAGAAACACACCAAACCAGAACAAAUUUGCAAUUUUGAGCCAAUUGUGAUUAAGAAUGCACAGAUGCCCCUUGGUCCCACUUCCAUUUUUAUGCACGGGAGCAAGCGAAUGCCGGGCACAGUUAUUACAAAAUAUGUCGUUACUAAUGAACCUGGUGGUAGGAAGAGGGAUGAGAUCUUUGUUGUUGUAAUUGAGAAAAUUAGUGUCACAUUCAAUUCUAGUGGAUAUAUACUUACUAGUGAGAUUGAUGGAACCAUUCAAAUGAAGAGCUAUCUUACUGGUAACCCGGAGAUUCGACUUGCACUCAAUGAGGACCUGAGUAUAGGAACAAGUGAUUAUGGAGGUUCUGGUGCUGUCAUUUAAGAUGGUGAAUUUCCUGUCAUGAAUUAUCGUAUCACUCAAGCAUUUAAGCCACCCUUUCGUAUUAGUACUUUGAUUGAAGAAACAGGACCACUCAAGGCUGAAGUGACCAUUGAAGUGCGAGCGGAAUUCAACUCAAACAUCAAUGCCAAC